AUGCAAUGUACGGCUAAUGCGGUUAUUGUUACAAUUUCUGAAUUCUUGCUGAAUAGUUUUGUAUUCGAGAGUGGAGGUGCGAGCAAAAAUGGGUUGAUCAUCAAGUAUGAUGUGGUGCUAUGUGUAUCUGCGAUGCACUUCUUGCUUUUGUCAUUGUCAGCAACAAAUGAAGGGAGAGAAACUCAGGCACUCUUAAAAUGGAAAGAAAGCCUUCAAAAUUCAGGCCAUUCUCUCCUUUCUUCAUGGAAUCUUAAUCCUCCUUAUUACACUUCAUUAAAUUCUUCAUUUAACUAUCAAAACAGCAGCAGCAACCCCUGCAGAUGGCAUGGAAUUACCUGUGAUAAGUCAAAUUCUGUUACCCAAAUAAACCUUAAGCGCAGAGGUUUCCAAGGUACUCUUGAAACAUUCUGUUUCUCUUGCUUCCCUAACCUGCAAACCGUUGAACUUAGUCACAACUAUUUCUAUGGAAGCAUACCAUCCCAAAUCAGCAACCUUUCCAAACUACAAUUCCUUUAUUUGAGUAACAAUCAUCUCUCUGGAGCUAUACCAUCUGAGAUAGAUUUGCUGACAAGUCUUCGCCAAUUAUUCCUACAUCAAAACAACUUUAGUGGGUCUAUCCCUCCAACAAUAGGGCAGUUAAGAUCUCUAGAGAAACUUGUAUUGUCAAGUAACAAUGUCACAGGUCACAUUCCUGCCUCUCUAGGAAAUUUAGGCAGACUCCGCCAUUUAAGCCUUGAAGAAAACCUACUUUCUGGAGCCAUCCCCCAGGAUGUAGGAAGACUCACCUCUCUGAUUGUGCUUAAUCUUUAUGAUAACAAUCUCAUCAGUUCAAUCCCUGCUGCUUUAGGAAACCUAAGCAAGUUGGACGUUUUAGACCUUGGUUUCAACAAACUCUCAGGUUGCAUCCCUCAACAAAUCCUACUGUUAAAAUCUGUUACUGAAAUUCGGUUGCCUAACAACAGACUCACUGGGUCUAUUCCUGCUAUCAUAGGAAAAUUAAGCAAUUUAAGAUUACUAUAUCUCUACGGAAAUAAGCUUUCUGGAUAUGUACCCAGGGAAAUAGGAAAUCUGAUCUCUCUGGAGGAACUUGAGGUGUCAUUAAACAUGUUGAUAGGUUCCAUUCCAGCUUCCAUUGGAAAUUUGAGCAACUUAAAGAUUCUACAUCUUUAUUGUAACAGAUUUUCUGGAUUGAUUCCUUAUAGUAUAGGAAAUAUGGGAUCUCUUAACGUUCUUAAUCUGGAUAUCAAUGAUCUUACAGGUCCUAUUCCGGCAUCUAUAGCGAACUUGACAAAGCUCACUACUUUGGGAUUGUCGGAAAAUAAACUAAUAGGCACCGUCCCUCCAGAAAUUAAUAACUUUACGUCUUUAAAAGCAUUUGAAGUUGGUGAGAAUUUUCUCUCUGGUUAUUUGCCCCAAGACUUAUGCCAAGGCGGAGUGCUCGAAUGGCUUUAUGCUGCUAGCAGUAAUUUCACUGGUCCAAUACCAAAAAGCUUGAAAAAUUGCACUAGUUUAAUCAGAGUUCAGCUUCAGAUGAAUCAACUAACAGGAAAUGUAUCCAAAAGCUUUGGCAUAUACCCUAACUUGGAAUAUAUAGAUCUGAGCUACAACAAGUUGUACGGUGAGCUUUCUCAGAAUUGGGGACACUGUCAAAAUCUAACAAGCCUGAAAGUCACCAGCAACCAAAUUUCGGGAAGAAUUCCACCUGCGCUUGGGAAAGCAACUCAAUUGCAUGUGCUUGAACUCUCCUCGAACCAGCUAGCGGGAGAGAUACCAAGUGAAUUGGGAGCACUAACAUCACUUUUCAGGCUUGAACUGAAUGGUAAUAAAUUUUCAGGUAACAUUCCUGAGGAACUUGAAAAGCUACUUGAUCUUAGAGAGCUUAAUCUAGCAGCAAACAAUCUUAGUGGACAGAUUCCCAAUCAAAUAAAACUCUGCUCAAAACUUUAUUAUUUGAAUAUAAGUUGGAAUAAGUUGAAUGGAAUCAUUCCCUCUGAGAUUCGCAGUAUAUACUCGCUUCGAAUUGUUGAUCUGAGUCACAAUUUGCUUGAAGGAGGGUUGCCAUUGGAGCUUGGAUAUUUACGCAAUUUAGAAGUUCUGAACCUUUCUCAUAAUCAACUAUCUGGCUCCAUCCCAUCUACUUUUGAGCUGAUGCUGAGCUUGACAUCAGUGGAUAUAUCCAAUAACCUCCUGGAGGGACCUUUACCGGACAACAAAGCAUUUUACAAUGCUCCAACAGCAGCACUUGCGAAUAAGAGAGGUUUAUGCGGAAAACAUACUGGAAUGGAGGGUUGCCUUUCUGCCACAAAUAACAGAGAACAAGGCAAUAAAAUGUUCAUUUUAAUAAUCAGUUUUGCCUCAUUAAGCUUUGUAUUUGUCAUCUCAGGGAUAUUUGCCGUUCUAUGCAAAAAAGUGAGGAAACCGGAUGAGCCAAUGGAAGUUCAAGGCACAAAUGUGUUUGCAAUAUGGAACUAUGAUGGGAAAUUGGUGUAUGAGAACAUUGUCGAAGCCACAAACGGAUUCAAAUCCAGAUAUUGCAUCGGAGCAGGGAGAUCUGGAAGUGUUUAUAAAGCUGAGCUGCCAAGCAAUCAAAUUGUUGCUGUCAAGAAACUUCACCAACAAAGUGAUGGUGGAACAGAUGGAAAAAGAUUCGAAAGUGAGAUCGCUGCCUUGACAAGGAUACGGCACAGGAACAUUGUGAAGCUUUAUGGGUUUUGUUCCCACAGGACGCACUCCUUUUUGGUGUACGAAUUCUUAGAAGGAGGAAGCCUAAUAAAGGUCCUAAGCAGUGAGAUAACAGCAGUGGAGUUCAAUUGGAGUAAAAGGGUGAAUGCCAUAAAAGGGUUGGCAAAAGCUUUAUCCUAUAUGCAUCAUGGAUGCUUUCCUCCUCUGAUACAUAGAGAUAUAUCGAGCAAUAAUAUUUUGUUCGAUUCAGAUUACGAAGCUCACAUCUCUGACUUUGGAGCAGCAAGGUUUUUAAAGCCUGACUCUUCCAACUGCACUUCAUUUGUGGGAACCUUUGGCUAUGUAGCUCCAGAACUUGCAUAUACAAUGGAAGCAAAUGAGAAGAGUGAUGUUUAUAGCUUUGGAGUGGUAGCACUGGAAAUGCUCAUAGGAAAGCACCCAGGAGAUCUUAUUUCAUCUCUUUCCACAUCAAAUCUAAUUCUACUCAAGAAUUUGUUGGAUCAUCGCCUCCCUCCUCCAAGAAAUCAAGUAGCGGAAGAAGUGAUCUCCAUUGCCAAGCUAGCAUUUUGCUGCCUAAAUAAUAGUCCACAAAAUCGAGUAACGAUGGAACAAGUUUCCCAGAAACUUUUUCUUCAGAGAAAAAUCAAAGCUAUGUCAAAACCAUUCCAGAUGAUAACAUUGGCAGAUCUUUUCUGA